AUGGCUCCCUCGUCUGUCACUCCGCCCCGUCCCGACGUCAACCUCCGUCAUGCGACAGUCGAUGAUGUGGAUACCCUCGCUGCCAUCGCUGAUGCGGCAUUUCAGACGGACUCACACACUCAACUCAAAGCCGUCUUUCACGGCGACUCUUCGUUCAAAAAUGGUAUGGGUGAGGGUUUGAAAGGUUGGCUACAGUCGCCGAAGGUGGAUCUUCUAGUUGCCGAGAUCUCGGGCAAGCCGGUCGGGUGGAUUGGAUGGGCUCGGAGGGGUUUCGCGGGGGAUACGGACAUUGCCCUCACCGGCCCCGCCGAAGAACCGCAGGCUGUCUCGGCCGAUACCAUUGAUCCGGCCAAGCCUCCGACAAUCAAGGACCUUGAAGAUCUCGGUAACGAAUCUAUGCAAUACUGGGUCAACAGGCUGCAACCGGAGGGUUGCCGGUGCCGGAUUGUGAUCAGCUGUGUCGUGCAUCCGGACUGUCAGGGCAAAGGAAUCGGGUCGCGGCUCAUACGCUGGGGAACGGACAAGGUGGAUCAGGAGGGAAUAUACUGCUGGGUUCAAUCUUCAAUGGGUGGGGUGCCGGCAUAUGAGAAGUACGGUUUUAGAGAGGUCGGCAGACUGGAGGCUAACCUGGAUUUCUACGCCGAGGGCAAGAAGCCUGGUGAGAGGUACGAGAAGAUCACAGGAAGCGCAGACUCAUGGGGAAAGUAUGAAUGGGUCUACAUGAAGAGGGUUGCCAACCCGUGA